GACUCUGGGCGGCGGGACGUCGCGGCGGGAGCCAAUCAGAGAGCGUGACGUCAGUUUGGCGCGGAGUUUGGCGGCCGGGGCUUACAGUGGCGGGAGUCAGGAGGCAGUAGCGAGUCGUGUUGUGAGGGACGCGAGUUGCGAUUUCUGGUGAACUUGGGGGGCAUUUUCACGGCUUUUUCCUCAGCGGAACCUUUUCGUCCGCCCAGAUGCUUUUCAAUUCGGUGCUCCGCCAGCCCCAGCUCGGCGCCCUGAGACACGGGUGGUCUUCACAGUACCCGCUACAGUCCCUUUUAACUGGUUAUCAGUGCAACUCUAAUGAUGAGCACACUUCAUAUGGAGAAACAGGAGUCCCAGUUCCUCCUUUUGGAUGUACCUUCUCUUCUGCUCCCAAUAUGGAGCAUAUUCUAGCUGUUGCCAAUGAAGAAGGCUUCGUUAGAUUAUAUAACACUGAAUCACAAGCUUACAGAAAGAAGUGCUUCAAAGAAUGGAUGGCUCACUGGAAUGCUGUCUUUGACCUAGCUUGGGUCCCUGGUGAAUUUAAACUUGUUACAGCAGCAGGUGAUCAAACAGCCAAAUUUUGGGAUGUGAAAGCUGGUGAGCUGAUUGGAACUUGUAAAGGACAUCAAUGCAGCCUGAAGUCAGUUGCCUUUUCUAAGUUUCAGAAAGCUGUAUUCUGUACAGGUGGAAGAGAUGGCAACAUCAUGGUCUGGGACACAAGGUGUAACAAAAAAGAUGGGUUUUAUAGGCAAGUGAAUCAAAUCAGUGGUGCUCACAAUACCUCAGAUAAGCAAACCCCUUCAAAGCCCAAGAAGAAACAGAAUUCAAAAGGACUUGCUCCUUCUGUGGAUUUCCAACAGAGUGUUACUGUGGUCCUCUUUCAAGAUGAGAAUACAUUAGUCUCAGCAGGAGCUGUGGAUGGGAUAAUCAAAGUAUGGGAUUUACGCAAAAAUUACACUGCUUAUCGACAAGAACCCAUAGCAUCCAAGUCUUUCCUUUACCCAGGGAGCAGUACUCGGAAACUAGGAUACUCAAGUCUGGUUUUAGAUUCCACUGGCUCUACUUUAUUUGCUAAUUGCACAGAUGACAACGUCUACAUGUUCAAUAUGACUGGAUUAAAGACUUCUCCAGUGGCUAUCUUCAAUGGACACCAGAACUCUACCUUUUAUGUAAAAUCUAGUCUUAGUCCAGAUGACCAGUUUUUAAUCAGUGGUUCAAGUGAUGAAGCUGCCUACAUCUGGAAGGUCUCCACACCUUGGCAAUCUCCUACUGUGCUCCUGGGUCAUACUCAAGAAGUCACAUCUGUGUGCUGGUGUCCUUCUGACUUCACAAAGAUUGCUACCUGCUCUGAUGACAAUACACUAAAAGUCUGGCGCUUGAAUAGAGGACUAGAGGAGAAAUCAGGAGGAGAUAAACUUUCCAUGGUGGGUUGGGCCUCUCAGAAGAAGAAAGAGAUGAGAGCUGGCCCAGUAACACUAACGAGUAGCCAGAGUACGCCUGCCAAAGCCCCCAGGGUAAAGAGCAGCCCAUCCAUUUCCUCCCCAUCAUCUGCAGCUUGCACUCCAAGCUGUGCUGGAGACCUUCCUCUUCCUUCAAAUACUCCUACAUUCUCUAUUAAAACUCCUCCUGCCAAGUCCCGGUCUCCUAUCAACCGAAGAGGCUCUGCCUCCUCUGCCUCUCCCAAGCCACCUUCAUCUUUCAAAAUGUCAAUUAAAAACUGGGUGACCCUAACACCUUCCUCAUCACCACCUGUCACUCCUCCUGCUUCUGAAACCAAGAUCAUGUCUCCAAGAAAAGCCCUCAUUCCUGUGAGCCAGAAGUCAUCCCAAACAGAGGCUUCCUCUGAGUCUAGAAACAGAGUAAAGAGGAGGCUAGACUCAAGCUGUCUAGAGAAUGUAAAACAAAAGUGUGUGAAGAGCUGCAACUGUGUGACUGAGCUUGAUGGCCAAGUUGAAAAUCUUCAUUUGGAUCUGUGCUGCAUUGCUAGUAACCAAGAAGACCUUAGUAAGGACUCCCUGGGUCCUACCAAAUCAAGCAAGAUUGAAGGAGCUAGUACUAGUAUCUCGGAGCCUCCUUCUCCUGUUAGUCCUUAUGCUUCAGAAAGCUGUGGAACACUACCUCUUCCUUUGAGACCAUGUGGAGAAGAGUCUGAAGUGGUAGGCAAGGAGAAUAGCUCCCCAGAAAAUAAGAACUGGUUAUUGGCCAUGGCAGCCAAAUGGAAGUCUGAGAAUUUAUCUCCACGGAGUCCAACACCCCAGACACCCAAUUCCAGGAGACAGAGCGGAAAGACAUCACCAGGCCCGGGCACCAUUACUCCCAACUCCAUGAGGAAAAUCUGUACAUAUUUCCACAGAAAGUCCCAAGAUGACUUCUGUAGUCCUGAACACUCAACAGAAUUAUAGAUUCUAAUCUGACUCAUGGAGGCAAAAAACACAUGUCUUUUAUUAUCCUGAAACUUUCUGUACACAGUGGAAAGUAUCUGCCAGCCAUAGCAGACGAC